AUGUCAAUUUCUGGAGUAGCUGAGGGCGUGUUUGAGUCAAAGGAAACAGUCAGAAUAAAAUUACAGUCUAGGGCAAAUGCGUAUCAGGACAAUAUUGAUUGCGUAAUUCUUCCUAAAAUCACGCAAAGAUUACCACAGGAAUUUUGUCCUGUUUCUUCUUUUAAGCUUCCGCCUAAUAUAGCGUUAGCGGAUCCCAAUUUUAAUGUUCCUGCUGAUAUUGACAUGUUAAUAGGUGCACAAUCAUUUUGGCAAUUGCUUUGUAUUGGCCAAAUCAAGGCAUGCGAGGCGCAUCCUACUCUCCAAAAGACAAAGUUGGGUUGGGUGAUUUCCGGUAUGAAGCAGGAAUCAUCUGACAAGUGUGUAACUGCAUCAUGUCACGCGGUGGUCUUGGAAGAUUUAAAUAAAACUAUUGCGAGAUUUUGGGAAGUUGAGCAUAAUUUUUCUUCCAAUCGUAUGUCUAAGUAUACUCGUGAGGAACAAGCUUGUGAAACUCACUUUCAACAAAACGCACGUCGCGAUUCUACAGGUCGUUUUAUAGUGCACCUCCCUAUAGACAAGGAAANGGUUCAGUUGUUGGGUGACUCGGAGGAGAAGGCAAGGCGUCGUUUUUUUAGUCUGGAAAGACGCCUCCUAACUCAGCCUGAUACGUAUUCUGAGUAUCGGAAGUUCAUGCAAGAAUACGUCGAUUUAGGUCACAUGCGCGAAGUCGUAAACGCAGUAGACAGUGGUGUAUCCUAUUAUUUACCCCAUCAUGCAGUUAUCAAGGAAAGUAGUACCACAACUAAGUUGAGAGUAGUAUUUGAUGCGUCGAGCAAAACNACGUCAGGCUUGUCGUUGAACGAUGUGUUGUUGGUUGGGCCAACCAUACAGGAGGAUCUGUUUUCAAUUCUCACACGUUUUCGCACCUUUCGUUACGCUAUGGCAGCCGAUAUUGCUAAAAU